UCAACAUUUGCUUCUUAUGCCCCAAUCAAAUAAAAUUUGCUGUUAUUUCUAACAAAUUCAAUAAACACAAUAUAUGUAUAUGUAUAAUGCUAUUUAGUGGCUAUUUGGCGCGACUGCCGGCGUUGUGGCGCUGCUUUGGCAGCCGCAAGGAACACCUCUUGGCAACCUUUGACUUCGACAAGACGAUCAUCGACGUGGACUCGUACCAGGCGCUGAGUCGUCUGCUUGCGCCGGAGCAACGCACCGAGCAGCUGUCCGCGCUGAUCAACAACUCCGACUGGCUAACGUUUAUCCAGCGUGUGCUGCGGCUGCUGCAGCUGGAGCAGCGCCUGAGUGCCGCACAGAUCGGGCAGCAUGCGCGGCGAUUGCCGCCGGUGCCGGGCAUGCUGCAUCUGCUGCGACGCAUGGAACGUUAUCCGGGGCUGAAUAUGUGCAUAUUGAGCGAUGCGAAUGACUAUAUGAUUGGCGAAUGGCUGGCGGCGCACGGUCUGGAGCACAUCUUUAAGGCGGGCGUCCACACGAAUCCGGCCAGCGUGCAGCCGGACGGCCAGCUGCUGGUCGAGCCGUACGAGCAGCAGACGCACUGCGACCAGUGUCCCCAUAACAUGUGCAAGGGCGGCGUCAUGCACAUGCUCAUGUCCAGCUGCAAGGUGGCCUACGGGCGCAUCAUUUAUGUUGGCGACGGCUGCAAUGAUCUGUGCGCCAUUCGCCGUUUGCGUCCCGUUGACGUCGCCUGCAUACGGCGGGGCGAGGAGCUGUACGAUAAGUUGCCCGCGCAUCGGCAUGAGCUGAGCUGCCAGCUGCUCCAUUGGCGGGAUGGCCAUGAGCUGGAGGACAAGCUAUUUGCAACGGUUCUGCAUUUGUGAGGGCAGCCAAAAAGAAAUUUAUUAGCUCGGCAGGCGUUAGCUGGCGAUAGUUGGACGUAAAUUGGCCUGGCACCAGGGCCAGCGGAUAGACGUAAUCGGAGUCUUGGUAGGCGGCAUCAUAGACCCGCGGCGCCAGCAGCUGGGGCGGCGCUGGCAUAUUCUCGGCCUGAGCGGCUUCGCGCACCACAUUCGUGAUGGAGCGAUGCAACAGCGUGGAACUGGCCGCUGUGCGCGGCACCGGCAAAUUCAUGGUGAACGUUUGCAGAUCCAGGCAGGCGACACGCUCCUCCUUGCGCCUACAAUGGGAAGGGAAAGGGAAGACGAUUUAGUUGGGGAUGUCUCAUGAAAUGACUCGUGUGUGGUCAGGACAGGGGUGAGGGCUUACGUCUUGUUAAAGUACACAUUCCAUUUGCUGGUGGAGAGCAUGGCGCGAUCGCGUGCCUGCAGGCCACGCCCAUUGCCGACAGUUAGGCCGAGCGCCUUCUGUUUGGCCUCGAUGUCGCGCAGAUGCUUUUGGCGUAUGUACUCCUUGUACUCCUCGUACUUGUCAUAGAAAUCGGCAUACAUGAUGUCCAGUAUGUCGGAGGCCCAGACAGCGGUGAUGCCCAGAUCGCACAUCUUUUCGCUGACCAGGCCCUUCUCCUGCAGCCAAUUGCGCUCCUCCAUGUCGACGGCGCGACGCGGCAAAUCGGGAUAUUUGCGCUUAAAGCUGGUGAUGCCCAGAUAGAGGGCCACCUGCUCCUGUAUCAUGAAGGUGUCGCGAUUCUUGGACGGGCAACAGCCCUUGGGCGGCGGCCAAUCAUACUCCGCAAUGCUGGAUGCCUUGAAAUCCGUACUGCAAAAGGUCAAAGGAUAUAUGUGCCGAACCGAGUAUCGCGUCCACAGAUUGACCCUGAUUCGAGUCCAUUAAACUGACGCCGCUCAACAUGGACGAUUGCGACUCCUCGUUGUUGAGGAAGUCCGGUUGCCUGAGCGAGGAGAAGGCAAAGGCGAAAGCAACGAGUGUUAAUUGAGUGGCGCACGGUAAUAAAACUCAAAAUAAUACUCACUUUUGUGGCGUUAACGGAGGUUCCAUGCUCGUUACCGAUUGAUUGCUGUUAUUCAGAUCGGCGCUCAUGCGUGUGUCCUCCUCGAACACCUGCGGUGACUGCAAAACAACAACAAAAAGCAUUGAAAAACAUUAACAAACAAACAUCAUCAAA